GAAGCUAUUGCUGUGGUGUUUGAUAUUGGUUCGUCUAUGCGUAACCUGGAAACUCCAUCAGUUUUUGAAAAUGCUAAAAACUGUAUCAGUAUGAUAAUCCAAAGAAAGAUAUUUUCUGAGUCCAAAGAUGAAAUAGCUCUCAUACUCUUUGGAACAGAUGAAGCUAAAAGCAAUUCAGCUGCUGAUGGAAAAAAUCAGUAUAAAAAUAUUGAAAUGUGUCAAACAUUAGCACCUGCCAGUUGGGAACUAUUGGAGUUUGUCAAUAAAAUUGAAGCCACUGACGUACCUACUGAUUUUAUCAUGGAAAAAGCACUUCUUGUUGCAAUAGAUUUAUUGCAAAACCAAACAAUAGGAAAGAAGUUUGUUUCUCAAAGAAUCCUUCUUUUUUCUUGCUUCUCUAGUGCUUUCAGUGAUGACAGUUUGAGUGAUUUGUGUGAAGAAAUCAAGAACAACAAGAUCGAUAUAAACAUUAUAGGACCUGUUUCCUAUGCUGAUGAAGAAACUAACAGCCUUGACUCUUCAGAGGCAUAUUGUGCCAAAACUUCAAUUCAGAUCAAGACUGAAGAUAACAUCAAAAAACUUCUGAAGGAAGUAAAUGGAGAAUCUUAUUCAUUUGAGUGA